AUGAACAUCAUCCUCUCCAGGGACAGCCAGCUGAGGGUGAUGGAGAACACAGUGGCCAACGCAGAGAAGUACUUCGGGCAGUUCUGCUCGCUGCUGGCCUCCUACACGCGCAAGACGGCCCGGCUGAGAGACAAGGCCGACCAGUUGGUCAAGCAGCUCAUCGACUUUGCCAACACUGAGACCCCUGAGCUGCGGGCCACUGUGAGGGACUUCGCUGAGGACCUAGCUAAAGUGCAGGAUUACCGGCAGGCUGAGGUGGAGAGGCUGGAGACCAAGGUCAUCAACCCCCUGAAGCUCUACGGGGCACAGAUAAAACAGACGCGGACUGAGAUUAAGAAACUCAAACGUGUCCAAAAUAAUGAGAUCAAACAACUGGAAAAGCUGGAGAAACUGAGGCAGAAGUCCCCCUCGGAUCGACAAAUGAUCUCCCAGGCAGAGACCAGCGUGCAGAGAGCCUCAGCGGAUGCCAGCCGCACUACCCGCCAGCUGGAGGAGACAGUGGACGCCUUCCAGAGGCAGAAGCUGCAGGACCUCCAGAAAAUUUUUUCUGAUUUUGUAACCAUCGAGAUGGUCUUCCAUGCCAAAGCGGUGGAGGUUUAUUCCAGCGCCUUCCAGACCCUGGAGAAUUAUGACCCGGAGAGGGACCUGCAGGAUUUUAGAGCCAAGAUGAAGGGAGUUUACGGGCGUCACACUGCUCAGCCGCUUGCGGAUAGCAACCCCCCUCCACCUGUCCCGUGGCCUCUGGCCAGCCAGAGUGCUCCAAGCGCCACACGGGAGCAGAGAACAGAUGAGGAAGUGAGUGGGGACAGCUCUGUGGAAGAAGCCCCCGUGGAGGACAUCAGGGGACAGGGGCUCCAUACGUAG